GCAACUCUUGCUCCCAUUCUCUUUGCUUCUAUUCCACUCCCAUCCGAUUCCGGUGUGACGGAGAGCUUCUCUAGAGCUCCGGCACCGGAAGGCCAUCCCUGGUAUCACGGGGACUCCGCGGAGCACAGUCUCCCACACUGAGGAUCGGCUUUUUUGUAGCUGCUAUCUCCUCGGAGCUCCUUGUUUUACUAGCUACGGAUUGCGGAGUGGUCAUAUCUAUCAGAACUAUCACUCUUAGUCAACUUUGAAGCUAAUCCUCCUCUAGGUUGAUGCCACCUUCAAGGCCAACUCCGGUCACCCCGGUGCCCCUAUGGGCAUGGCCCCCGUGUCCCACGUCCUUUUCAACAAGUUCAUGAGCUUCAACCCCCAAAAUCCCGACUGGGCCAACCGUGACCGCUUCGUUCUCUCCAACGGCCACGGCUGCAUGCUCCAAUAUGCUCUCCUUCACCUUUUCGGCUACCAGGUCUCCAUGGAUGACCUGAAGUCCUUCAGACAACUCGACAGCAUCACCCCCGGUCACCCCGAGGCUCACGACACCCCCGGUGUUGAGGUCACCACUGGUCCCCUGGGCCAGGGUUUCGCCAACGCCGUUGGUCUUGCUAUUGCCGAGCGUCACUCCGCUGCUGUCUUCAACAAGCCCGGCUACACCCUCUUCAACAACUACACAUACUGCUUCUUCGGUGAUGGCUGCGCCAUGGAGGGUAUUGCCAGCGAGGCCGCCUCCAUGGCUGGUCACCUGAAGCUCGGUAACCUCAUUGCUAUCUACGACGACAACGGAAUCUCCAUCGACGGUGACACCAAGUGCGCCUUCACUGAGGAUGUUAUGAAGCGUUUUGAGGCCUACGGCUGGCACACCGAGUACGUCAAGGACGGUGACAACGACCUCGAGGGCAUUGAGGCUGCUAUCAAGAAGUGCCAGGCUGUCACUGACAAGCCCUCCGUCAUUCGUCUGACUACUACCAUCGGUUUCGGUUCCAAGCUCCAGGGUACUGGCGGUGUCCACGGUAACCCCCUGAAGGCUGACGACUGCGAGGGUGUCAAGCAGCUCUUCGGCUUCGACCCCAAGCAGACCUUCGUCGUUCCCCAGCAGGUCUACGACCUCUACCACAAGCACGCCGCUGAGGGUGCUGCUAAGGAGCAGGAGUGGAACCAGCUCCUCCAGAAGUACGCUUCCGAGUACCCCAAGGAGCACGCUGAGCUCACCCGCCGUCUCUCCGGCAAGCUUGCCGAGGGCUGGGAGAAGAGCCUGCCCGUCUACAAGCCCACCGACGCUGCCGUUGCUACCCGUAAGCUCUCCGAGGCUGUCCUCGAGAAGAUCCACGAUGUCGUCCCCGAGCUUCUGUCCGGCUCUGCCGACUUGACUGGCUCCAACAACACCCGCUGGAAGAACGCCGUUGACUUCCAGCCCCCCGAGUACAACAUCGGUGACUGGUCCGGCCGCUACCUCCGCUACGGUGUCCGUGAGCACGCCAUGGCCGCCGUCAUGAACGGUCUUGCCGCCUACGGCACCGUCAUCCCCGCUGGUGGUACCUUCCUGAACUUCGUCUCCUACGCCGCCGGUGCUGUCCGUCUGUCGGCCCUCUCCCGUGUCCGCACCAUCUACGUUGCCACCCACGACUCCAUCGGUCUGGGUGAGGACGGUCCUACUCACCAGCCCAUUGAGACUCUGGCUCACUUCCGUGCUCUGCCCAACUGCAUGGUCUGGCGCCCUGCUGACGGCAACGAGACCAGCGCUGCCUACUACUCUGCUCUGACCUCCAAGCACACCCCCAGCAUUCUGGCCCUCACCCGUCAGAACCUGCCCCAGCUCGAGGCUUCCACCAUCGAGAAGGCCCUCAAGGGUGCCUACGUUGCCCUCGAGGCCCCCGACGCUGCCGUCACCCUCAUCUCCACCGGUUCCGAGGUCAGCAUCUGUAUCGAGGCUGCCACCUACCUCAAGGAGAAGCACGGCAUCGCUGCCCGCGUUGUCUCCGUUCCUUGCUUCGAGGUCUUCGAUGCCCAGGACAAGGCCUACAAGCUCCAGGUCCUCCCCGACAACAUCCCCGUCCUCUCCGUCGAGGCUCUCACCACCAUGGGCUGGGAGCGCUACGCUCACGAGCAGUUCGGUCUCAACCGCUUCGGUGCCUCUGGCCCCUACAAGGAUGUCUACAAGAAAUUCGAGUUCACUCCUGAGGGCAUUAGCAAGCGCGCUGUCGCCACCAUCGACUUCUACAAGGGUCACACCGUGCGCUCCCCCAUCAACCGUGCUUUCCAGCAGAUUCUGUAAACGUCUUGCGGUAGCAUCGUGAUGGUUUGUACUGAUUCAUGUUUAUGAGUAUCUGGGACGAUGUUGAUCCCUGUGGGCAAUGAUACCCCGGGAGAAGUCCUAUUUUAACGACUUUUUCUUUGAAGAUAAAAAUAUAUGCAAUCUGUUUCAUUCAAUCUCUUGGUCUAUAAUCGUUCUAGUUUUCUUUGGGUAGAUUUAGAGGGGAAUUGGUCUAUGACGGGAGAAUACUAUCACCAGUUUUGGCUUUCAAAUUGGACUUGGCCAACCUGCACUGGCAGCAACA